AUGAAGAGCAUAGAGUGCGCCCUGAGCCAAGCGGCAGCUGAGAGCCACAGAGCCAAAGAAUCUUCAAAAGACGCCCAGAUAGACCUAAACGAGAUGAUAAAAACAGCAGAAGGAAACGCCACAAAAACAGGAACAACAAUCGUGGGAAUAAAAGGCAGUGAGUACGUCAUCCUUGCAGCAGACACGCGGUCCACCAACGGCCCAAUCAUUGCUGAUAAAAACUGCACAAAAAUCCACACUAUCUCUGAUAACAUCAACUGCUGCGGAGCUGGAACUGCAGCAGACACGAGAUAUACGACAAAGAUGGCGAGCUCAGCGCUGCGCAGAUUCCUUCUGAAGCACAACAAAAUAGCACCGCUAAAGUACUGCGUAAAUAUCCUGAAAAGACACCUCUUCUCCUACCAGGGCCAUGUAUCAGCUAGUUUGAUAGUUGGGGGAGUAGACGAGAAUGGCCCAGGACUCUUUGGUGUGCACCCGCACGGAAGCGUAGAUGCGCUGCCAUACACUGCGCACGGCUCGGGAUCGUACAAUGCCAUUGGAGUGCUGGAGACAGGGUGGAAGAAAGACAUGACAGAAGAGCAGGCAGUUGAGCUGGCAUGCGAUGCAAUAGAGGCAGGAAUAAUGAACGAUCUGUACUCUGGAUCCAACAUCGACAUUUGUGUCAUCCGAAAAGACAGCCGCACGGUGUUCCAGAGAGACUACAGGCGCAACUACAAAGAAGUGGGAAAGAAAGCACCCAGGGGAAUGAAGUACGAGUAUCCACGAGAGAGCAUAGUAAUAACAAAAGAACAGGUCUUUGAUCUAAUUACAGUAACUAAUACAAUGGAAGUGGAGUAUUAG